UGACUCACUAAUUGACAACCAUCCUUGUUGACACUUUGGAGAGGAGUAAGCUAGUAGUGUAGUAGUGAGAGUAUCCUGAACUAUAUUGUCUUGCUGUGGAUCUCCAGAGUCUUAAAGACGAGUCCACCCGAGGGUGGAUGGGGUGUAUGGGGUGGACUCCUCCUCCUCCUCCCCCGUCCUCCUCCUCCUCCUCCUCCUCCUCCCUCGUUUUUUAGUCCAUUGUAGGGAUCCUUGCACUCAGAAGAACAGUGUUCCCCCUGGCUGCUAGAGAAACGCCGAGCUCGUCUCCUCUCCUCUAUCCUCCCAGCGCAGCCGCACCGUGUCUGCACCGUUAACCCGCAAUUUAACGCACGGAACGGGAUUUUUUAAACAUUUCUUUCUUUCUUUCUUUUUUUUUUUUGCGUGAUUGUUCUGCGGUGCGCAAUACAAAAUAAAUAAUUAAAUAAAUAAAGGAAGAAGAAAUCAGAGCGCGCGUCCAGAGACAAGGAAAGCAGACGUGAGUCAACGAUGAGUCCACCGAUGGUCGCUGUCCCAUUGUAAGACCUGAACAGAACAGGACGCGGAUUGUCCCUUAUUUACUCCAUGUGGGAGCUUUUAGUGAAGUGUGAAGCGAAGUCGUGCGUUUUCUUGUAGGAUUUUGGAGGAAGAGAAAAGAAAAAGCAGGAGAAGCAAGGACAGCUGGACCUUGGGCAUUAUAAGCCUACUGAGCGAGGAAGCGCCUUUCACGCAGGAGCUCAGCGCACGGAGAACCAUGGUUCUAUUUGUUAUGGAUUUCUAAAAAAAAUAAUAAAAAAAAAGGCUCCGAGUUCGUAGUAUGAGAGGAUUUCUACUAAGAAAGUACUUGAUAGCACAACUACAAAUCCAUGAAGGCAUACAAGCAGUCGUAAGGAUCUAGACGCGACUGGUGUCUUAACGAACUGUUUUCAAAAGGACCGGCCAAAGGGCACUGGGGGGGGGAAAGGAAAAGAAAAGAAAAGGUUUCUCCACAACAGAGAGACACCCAGAGGUUGCCAAUGCCUGGACUCAGCGUUUGAGCUGAUCUCAAGACAUACGUUUCCUUGUCAAAAUGUGGAGCAUUUGUAAGUUCUUCAUUACCGUGUGCCUGGCCGAAUUUGCUUUAUCGAGGAGCAUCACGACACAUGAAGUCCGCUCCAAAGAUUCCAGAGUACACCGGCCGACUCUUCAGACAGGUUUUCCCGAGAACACCACCGCGCUAUUCGGAGGCCAGGCGAAGUUGGUAUGUAAAGUCCAUCGGCCAGCCUCGACACGUCUCCAGUGGUUCAAGAAGGACAAGGAUCGCCCGGGGCCUGACGGAUCACCGCUUCUUAAGCCCCUCACUCCUCUUCUAGACAACGUCUCCAAAGUCAACGUCCUUCCUUUAGUAAACGUCACCUUGGAAGAUGCAGGAGAGUAUAUAUGCAUGGUGAAAAACUCUGCUGGAUGGACUAGUAAUUCAGCGUGGGUGGAAGUCUUAACGGGUGAGCCCUUUUAUUCUUUUUUUUUUUUUUGUGGAAUCAGUGGAAAGAUACCACAUUCGGUUGAUAGGUUGAGAAAUAAAGCUUUACCCCGUUCCUUUCUAGAAAUCCUUCCUGCUAAAUCUACGGACGGAUUGACCGUGGCUGAGAAUCCGACAGAAGUCUCUGAGGAGCUGAGUGAGGAGACAUCGGAACACCUCCUGCUAGAACCGGGUGAUGUGCUCAAACUGCGCUGUGACACAAACCGCCCUGGAGCUAUCCACUGGUUCAAAGGAGAUAUGCGAGUGCAACAUAGCGCUCGUAUCCAGAUAAGAGCAGGAGUCAUGGAGAUUACCGAUGCGACAUACGAAGACUCGGGGGUCUAUGUCUGUAUGAUCCGUGGCUCCAAAGAGGCUCUGCGCAACUUCACCAUCACAGUUGCAGAUGCGAUGGGAUCCGGUGACGACGAUGAGGAUGGCGGUCAAGAAGACUCCGUUACAGAGACAGAAAACGACCAAGUCUACUUCUCCAGAGGCCCAUACUGGACCCAUGUUCAGAGAAUGGAGAAAAAGCUUUACGCUGUCCCCGCUGGAAACACAGUUAAAUUCCGCUGUCCGGCUACAGGAAGCCCACUGCCUACAAUCCGCUGGCUGAAGAAUGGCAGAGAAUUCAGGGGCGAGCACAGGAUUGGAGGAAUCAAGUUGCGGCAUCAGCACUGGAGCUUGGUCAUGGAGAGCGUGGUGCCCUCGGACCGUGGGAACUACACUUGUGUGGUGGAGAACAAAUACGGCUCCAUCACUCAUAGCUACCUCCUCGAUGUGUUGGAACGCUCUCCUCACAGACCCAUUUUACAAGCUGGUCUACCAACCAAUACCACAGCAGUGGUCGGAGGGGACGCCCAGUUCCACUGCAAAGUCUACAGUGACGCGCAGCCACAUAUUCAGUGGCUGAAGCACAUCGAGAUUAACGGCAGCCGGUAUGGGCCUGACGGCAUACCCUACGUAAAGGUUGUCAAGACUGGCAGCUUGAACAUGUCUGAGGUAGAGGUCCUAUAUCUGACGAAUGUCACAAUGGAGGAUGCUGGAGAGUAUACAUGUUUGGCUGGAAACUCUAUUGGCUUCUCACACCAGUCUGCAUGGCUCACUGUCCUAUCUGAGGUAGAAGUGACCAAAGAGAUGGACCUUAUGGAGACCAAGUACACCGACAUCAUCAUUUACGCCUCAGGCUUCCUAGCACUGGUGAUGGCCAUCGUGAUUGUGGUCUUGUGCCGAAUGCAGACCCAUCCCAGCCGGGAGCACUUUGAUGCCCUCCCUGUCCAGAAACUUUCCAAAUUUCCUCUCCGCAGACAGUACUCCGUCGAGUCCAACUCCUCUGGGAAGUCCAGUGCUUCUCUAAUGAGAGUGGCGCGUCUUUCCUCCAGCUGCUCUCCGAUGUUGGCUGGAGUCAUGGAGUUUGAGCUUCCCUACGAUCCCGAUUGGGAGUUCACAAGAGAGAGCUUGACUUUAGGGAAACCUCUUGGAGAGGGUUGCUUUGGUCAGGUGGUAAGAGCAGAGGCUUAUGGGAUAAACAAGGAUAAUCCGGAUCAAGUAACCACCGUGGCAGUCAAAAUGCUGAAAGAUGAUGCAACGGACAAAGACUUGGCCGACCUUAUCUCUGAAAUGGAGCUCAUGAAGGGCAUGGACAAGCACAAGAACAUCAUAAAUCUUCUAGGUGUUUGCACUCAGGAAGGUCCGCUCUAUGUGCUGGUCGAGUAUGCUUCUAAAGGAAGCUUGCGCGAGUACUUACGAGCGCGUCGUCCUCCCGGAAUGGACUACACCUUCGACGUGACCAAGGUUCCAGAAGAGCAGCUAACGUUCAAGGACCUGCUCUCUUGUGCCUACCAAGUGGCACGAGGCAUGGAGUACCUGGCUUCUAAAAGGUGCAUUCACCGAGAUCUCGCAGCAAGGAACGUUCUCGUCACCGAAGAUAACGUCAUGAAGAUCGCAGAUUUUGGUUUGGCGAGAGGGGUGCAUCAGAUUGACUACUACAAGAAAACCACGAACGGACGUCUGCCAGUGAAAUGGAUGGCACCAGAGGCCUUGUUUGACAGAGUCUACACACACCAGAGCGAUGUUUGGUCUUUUGGAGUCCUGAUGUGGGAGAUUUUCACGUUGGGAGGUUCUCCGUACCCUGGAAUCCCAGUAGAGGAGCUUUUCAAGCUGUUGAAAGAAGGCCAUCGGAUGGACAAACCCUCCAACUGCACGCAUGAACUCUACAUGAAGAUGAGAGAAUGCUGGCAUGCAGUUCCUACACAGAGGCCAACCUUCAAACAGCUAGUGGAAGAGCUGGAUCGAGUGCUGCUGUCGAUUUCGGACGAGUACCUCGACCUGUCGACUCCUUUCGAACAGUACUCCCCGUCUUGUGAGGACACCUCCAGCUCUUGCUCUUCAGACAACGAUUCAGUGUUUACCCACGAUGCCUUGUCCACCGAUCCAUGCCUGCUCGGUUAUCACGACGUGCGUUCUCGGCUAGACAUGAAGACGACGCUACGAUAAGGGCUCGUCUGGCAGAGGACUCCAGUUUAUGGAUAUCAAAAGUUUGCAUUUAAAAAACACUCGCACGGUCGGCGGUACGACGCGGUCACGUGAGGCGCGGACUUUGGCCUUCGAUCGCUCUGCGCAAAGAACGUUAUCGUAAUGCUUGGCACUAGAAAACCUGGUGACAAAAAUGGCUGCCUCAAAUAAUCAGGUGUCUAAUACAGUAUCUGGACGGCCCGGUACAGAAGCUACUCACAGUCUCGGUUUCCUUUGUAACGAAUGAAUGCUGCUUAUUACGUAUAAAGUCCCAAGUAUCUGAGCAGCAUAGAAACUGGAGUGUGCUGAAACAACCAGAUUUUUUGUUGUUGUUGUU